AUGAAAGGCCGCACCGCCCCCAGCCCGCCGCCCGCCGCCAUGGAAGCAGCGCCCGCCCCGGCUCUCCUGAGCGUCCCGCAGGCCGAGGUGCUGGAGGACGUGCUGCGGGAGCAGUUCGGGCCGCUGCCCCAGCUGGCCGCCAUCUGCCGGCUCAAGCGGCUGCCCUCGGGCGGGUACUCCUCGACCGAGGACCUCCAGUUGGUGCUGGAGCGGCGGCGCGUGGCCAACGCUAAGGAGCGCGAACGGAUAAAAAAUCUCAACCGUGGUUUUGCCAAACUGAAGGCGCUUGUGCCAUUUCUUCCCCAAAGCAGGAAGCCUAGCAAGGUUGAUAUCCUUAAAGGUGCAACUGAAUACAUACAAGUUCUCAGUGAUGUUUUGGAAGGAGCCAAAGACUCGGAGAGACAAAAUCUGGAUCACCAGAGCUAUAGCAACAAUGUUUCUGAACCACCUAUAUCAUUGGCUAGAGAUCUAUCGAGAAACAUCACCCAACAUGCCAGCUGUACUGUGGGCUUGAAGAACGAGGAGGAGAGGCCCUGGGCAGAUGGUGGCAGUGGUGAGUCAGCACACACUUGUCGCCAGAGCAUGAUGUCCACGACCGGAGUUAUCUCCCCCACCAGGAGUCUGAUUCAGAUCUACAUCUUUGGCGGGAACGGCAUGGAAGUGAUGCUGUUGUCUACCCAUUGCAUCUUAUUAAAUGGGCCCUGGACCAAGAGUGCUGGGACUCUGAGUGUGGAGGCUGCUCUAGUGGUUGUGUUGGCUCAGGAUGUGACUGUGUCUUCUAAAUUCUGGGGGCUGAGGGAUUGUUGCUGUGAUGAUAUGGAUGUUGGUUUUUUUCCCUGGAGCUUUGGAAAGGUGACGUCUGGAGCAUACAGUCAGGAUCCAUCUAACCUCAGAGUGAUGCCACCUCCAGUGGAGGGUUCCCCUGGAUGCAGCUACUCAGGAAGAGAUCCAAGCAGCACCCAAGGGAAACUCUUGAGUCCCAGUCUGACCAAGAUGAGAAGAAAAUGUUAG